AUGGCUCCAUCCGCAGAUCCCAUUUCCGUGUCCCCCGCACCCCUCGCCGGCUUCUCUGCCCCGACCCAUCCCGAGCGUCUGCGCGUCGACCGCAGCACCAAAGCAUUUGGAAGCGGAGCCACUUCACUUGUUGAUCUCCCUGCGGGCGCCAUUUUUGCCAAGAUCACCACGGCUACUCCCGGAAAGAAGGCCUACACAAGCGUACAGACCGGCCGCGACAGCCACAUCGAGCUCAAUUCCGACUUGGUCUACUGCAAUCACUCCUGCGCGCCAUCAUUGGUCUUCGACAUGGGUCGCAUGGAAGUGCGGGUCGUGGAUGGCCGUCCUUUGAAGACUGGUGACGCCCUCACUUUCUUCUACCCGAGUACCGAGUGGGAGAUGGAUCAACCAUUCCAGUGCACCUGCGGAGCGGGUGAAGGAGUCUGCAGAGGCUGGAUCUCUGGAGCCAAGACCAUGUCUAACGAGGAAUUGGAUGGAUACUGGCUCAACGGCCACAUCGCGGAGCUAUUGGGCGAGCGCAAGUGA